GAGUAAGUUGGGGCGAGCGCGCGUUUCUAUAAACAAAAUUGUUUGUUUAUCGUCCUUUACGAACGUUCUCAUCAUGGCAAAUGGCGUAGAACACGACAGUCUCUUGGAGUCCGAGCGACCACAUCCGCCGAGCAUGUCUUCGGGUAGUCCAGCAAUCAAAAUCCACUUCGAAACAUUCGAAAUGAAUUCUUCCUUUCCAGUAGAUUUAAACGCGAGCAUAAAUUCGAUGAGUCUUCCACAAGCCGUCCGAGAAAAUAAGUUAGCCCUCGUCAGGCAGUAUUCUCAUAUGGGACAAGAUUUAAACGUCGCUGACUGGAAUGGUUUUACAGCCCUCCAUUACGCUGCCCGCGCCAACCAGGUUGAAGUGGUGAUGACGCUAGUCGAGUGCAAAGUGGACAUCAACCAACAAGGACGAGAGUUACUAACGCCAUUACAUGUAGCAGUACGCUACAACAGCUAUGAAGCUGUUAAGACACUCAUUGAGUAUGGCGCCGACCCCUCCAUGAAAGAUACUGACGGUGCAACCCCGCUCCACUUUGCGGCUCGCCAUGGUUGUGUAGACUCGUCAAAAGUUCUGCUCAGUAACAGUCUAUCAUCUGUUAACUUUCAAGAUAACAGCGGUAUGACGCCAUUUCACUUAGCCUGCGCUAGUGGCAAGCUCGAGUUAUGUGAGCUGUUCCUGGAACAUAAGGCAAACAUCCGAAUGCGCACUGUGGAAGACAAGAGCCCUUUGCAUCUUGCUGCGUUACACGGAAACGAAAAAAUCGUUAAACUCUUAGUCAAAGAAGCAUUUCUUGAGUUUGGGAACCCGUUAAUCUACAUCGAUGCGCCUGACUUCGAAGGAAACACUGCUCUUCACUUAGCCUGUCAGAAGGGCCACAAGGAAACUGCAGAACUUUUGUUAAGUCAAGGAGCUGAUAUGAUGGAUGGUCUGGAGACAUUUGGAGAAUCAAGUGUGCACUCUCCCCUGCACCUUGCAGCUGCCUAUGGUCACAUGGAUAUUGUGGAGCUUUUGAUAUCGCAUGGUGCUUUUGUUGAUAGUAGAGAUGAGUGGCAAAGAACUCCUCUUCAAAGAGCUGCUGAAUUUGACCGUGUGGACACCGUCAAGUUCCUGCUGGAUAACGGAGCGAACAUUGACGCCAAGGACAACGAAAACCGCACUGCGUUCGUUUUGGCAGUGAAGCGAGGCAGGACCAGAACUGCGGAGCAACUUCUAGAUUCUGGGGCUGACUUCAAGUCGCGCGAUGCGUCGCUUAGGACCUGUCUACACCUUGCUGUGAAACAUAAACGAGAAGAAACUCUUCGCAUGCUCCUUGAUCGAGAUCAAGGCCAGUUGAUCAACGAAACAGACAAGGAUUUGCAGACGCCUCUGUUUUACGCGGCACAUAAAGGGAAUUUGAAGAUCCUUCAACUGCUGAUAGAAAAGAAGUGCACGGUGGCUCCUAAGGACGUAAUGGAUCGGACCCCAUUGCAUGCCGCCGCAGAACACGGUCACGUGGCCUGUGUGGAGGUGCUUUGUUUGGCUGAACAAGGCCACAUUAAUGACAAAGAUGAACGUGGGCUUACACCUCUUCACUUAGCAGCGCUUGGAAGCCACAGGAAAACAACAGUUCUUCUCUUACACUUGGGUGCUAAUCCCAGUAUCCAAGACAGCAAUCGUUGGACAGCCCUACACACUUGCGCCUCUGGUGGAUGCCCACGCACUACUCAAGCACUGCUGUCGUAUCAAUCCGCGAGUGCCAUUGAUGCAGGCGAUCAAAAUGGCGACACCGCGCUUCACGUGGCCGCGAAGUACGGUCACGUCAACGUUUUGGAGCUUAUGUUAUCACGUGGUGCUGAUAUCACUGCACGUAAUAAGCAAAUGUUGACGUGUUUGGAUGUUGCUAUCUCGUGUAACAUGGAAAAUGUGGCUGAGGUUAUUCUUGGGAACCCCAAGUGGAUGAGCUUGUUUGAAUACACGGUCGACAGGGGAGCAAAUCCACUGAAGAACUUAAUUAAGAGCAUGCCCAGACUUGCACAGGUUGUCAUGGAUAAAUGUGUAACCUGCUCCGAUGAUCAGCGGGAUGACCCUGACUAUUCCAUAACCUUCGACUUCAGUAUUCUUUCUGGUCCAGGAGAUAAGGAAGACCCAAGAACUUCUGAAGGUCCACGCUUUUUUGCCCCUUCCUACAUGGUCCAGUACGAGCGCGAAGGACUUCUUAUGCACCCAUUAUCGCAGAUACUUCUUCAGUGGAAAUGGAAUACCAUGGGAAGGCCGUUAUUUGCGAUAAACUUUUUGUCCUACCUCGCUUUUGUUGUGCUGUUGUCUGUGUUCAUGAUAGCGGAACGAGGAAAGCUGAGGUUAUUCAAUCCUGGCGCAGAGGACUUCCAGGAUGAUGAAACCGAUCAACUAUUUCGGUCUAGAAGUGGGCUAUCAGCUGGAGCUCCUGUUUUGAUUCUGAUCUUUAUCUGCAUUCACAUGAUCAAAGAAAUUUACCAAAUUGCUAUUCAGAAAUGGAGAUAUCUAACUCAUGUCACAAACUAUAUUGAAUGGUGUUGCUAUUUGUGCACUAUUUGUUUUGUGUCUCCCUAUCUCGGGAGAGGAAACAUUUUCAAGGGUACAAUGACGAUGUGGCCUCUUGCCUCAGCCGUGAUUCUAUUAUCGUACACAACCUUGAUCCUGUUCCUGAGACGAUUCUAUUACGUUGGUAUCUACAUCUCAAUGCUCAUUGAGGUUACCAAAACACUUUUCAAAGUGAUCAUCAUUUUCAUUCCAAUGUUAUUUGCUUUCAACCUGACCUUCUUCAUUCUACUAAAAGAGCAGGCCACUUUCCGCAAUCUGUUCUGGUCCUUUUGCAAGACGUUUAUAAUGAUGAUCGGGGAGGUUGAUUACGGCUCCAUUGUGGUCGAUGCGAAGGCGGAGAUCAACGACGAAUCUGGUGCCCCUCUUGUACACCUGCCAGAGUUCACUGCCAUCAUUGUGUGCUUGUUCUGUAUGAUUGUGUCUGUUCUGGUCAUGAACCUAUUGGUGGGUUUAGCGGUUGGAGACAUUGACAGCAUUCAACGUAAUGCCAACAUGACGAGGCUGGCCAUGCAAGUUGAAUUUGUAUGUGAUAUUGAUCAACGAUACCCACGUUGGCUGAGAAAGUAUUGGCAUAGAUCCGUUCUUGUUUUAAAGCCGAACGGAAAAAAUGCGUUCUCAUUCCUGUUACAUAUAAAUCGGAGGCUUUUUCCCAUGCUUGAAAACUAUAUAAAUGGGCAAAAGGAAAGUGAAGUUGAAGAGGAUGAAGGAACCAAGAAAAUAUCCAUGGAGAUCACCAAACAACAAGAGCAGAUUAAGUUUUUACAGAAAACUGUUGAAGAACAAUCAAGACUUCUUCAGGAAAUUUCUCAUCAGCUGAAACAGACCGCUCAUUCGACGGCCACAGCGGAGGAUACCAGGCUGUAGAAAAGCU